GUAAACGGGAACAAAUGUCGGCACUCAGAAGCACUAAGGGUCUCGUUGCUCUCGUCACUGGCGGAGCGUCUGGACUGGGAAAGGGUGCUGCCGAAGUUUUGGCAAAGGCUGGUGCACAGGUCGCUAUUCUUGAUCUUCCACAGUCAAAAGGAGCCGAUGUUGCGAAGGAGAUCGGAGGAAUCUUUACACCAGCUUCGGUAACAUCCGAAGAAGAAGUGAGAGCAGCUUUUGCCAAAGUUCAAGCUGAAUAUGGUCGCCUCGAUGCUCUUGUGAAUUGUGCCGGAAUUGCGUAUGCUUUCAAGCUCUACUCUGUUCAAAAGAAGAAACACGUUGAUUUUGAGAAGAUCCGUCAGACCAUUGAUGUUAAUGUUUUGGGAACAUUCAAUGUUAUCCGACACGGAGUUGCUUUAAUGGGAGAACACGAGAAAGAUGCCAAUGGACAACGAGGAGUUGUAAUUAAUACCGCUUCGGUUGCAGCUUUUGAUGGACAAACUGGACAGUCUGCCUAUUCUGCUUCUAAGGGCGCUAUUGUUGGUAUGACUCUUCCAUUGGCUCGUGAUUUUGCUGGCGAUGGUAUCCGAUUCAACACUAUUGCUCCAGGACUUAUGGAUACUCCACUUCUCUCUUCACUUCCAGAAAAGGUUAAAUCCUUCCUGGCCCAACUCAUCCCAAAUCCAUCGAGACUUGGACACCCACACGAGUACGGAGCUCUUGUGCAGCACAUCAUUGAAAAUCAGUAUUUGAACGGAGAAACUAUUCGAUUUGACGGAGCACUCCGCAUGCCGGCUUAAUUUAAUAUCUCUUCAUUCCGAUUGUUUUUUAAGUACAGAGUUUUAGAUCAUUUUUUUGUUUGUUUUUCAAGAUUUCGAAAUUUGAUAAUUUUGCGCAUAUUUCUAAUGAAACAGUGAUUUUAAUAUAUCAUGAAAUUUUGAAACA